GGGCACUGAUGCAGCCAGCUGCUUCCCUGCCAGCCUCCCUUCUCUUCUUCUCCGCUCUCAGCCUGUGUGCCCGGGUCUCAGCCCAAUUUGCUGUCGUGGGGCCAACUGAUCCGAUCCUGGCCAUGCUGGGAGAAAACAUCACGUUAAGCUGCCACCUGUCGCCCGAGAAAAGUGCUGAGGACAUGGAGGUGCGGUGGAUUCGGUCUCAGUUCUCCCCUGCAGUGCUCGUGUAUAAGGGCGGACGAGAGAGACCAGAGGAGCAGAUGGAGGAGUACCGAGGAAGAACCACCUUCGUGAGCGAAGACAUCGGCAGGGGGAGCUUGGCACUGGUCAUACACAACCUCACCGCCCGCGAGGACGGUAUUUAUCGCUGUUACUUCCAAGAAGGCAGGUCCUAUGACGAGGCUACCAUGCGCCUCCUGGUGGCAGGCCUGGGCUCUCAGCCAGUCGUAGAAAUGAAGGAGCACGAGGACGGGGGCGUGUUGCUGGAGUGCACGUCGGAAGGGUGGUUCCCCGAGCCCCGCGCAGUGUGGCGAGGCCCCUACGGCGAGGUCCUGCCGGCCGUGGCCGAGGCGUACACGGCGGACGCAGACGGCCUCUUCACAGUCACCUCCGCUGUGGUGGUCAGGGACGGCUCUGUGAGGAACGUGUCCUGCUCCGUCAACAACACGCUGCUGAGCCAGGAGAAGGAGACCGUGGUCUUCAUUCCAGAGUCCUUUACGCCAGGCAUUUCUGCUUGGAUGGUGGCCUUGGCUGUCCCCCUCCCUGUUCUGAUCCUCCUCGUGGCUGGGAGCAUCUGUCUUAUCAGGAAGCUCCACAGGGAAAAGGAGAUUCUGUCAGUGGAAAAGGAGAUUGAACGUGAAGAGAAAGAAAUUGCACGUAAGGGCCUGGGGAAAGAUAGAGAUCAGCGACAUUAUUUUAUUUAUUUUUCAGAGCAACUUCAAGAAGAAUUGAGGUGGCGAAGAACCCUCUUACAUGCUGCUGACGUGGUCCUGGACCCCGACACUGCUCACCCCGAGCUCUUCCUGUCGUCGGACGGGAGAAGCGUGAGGCGCGGCCCCUUCCGGCAGAGCGUGCCAGACAACCCUGAGCGGUUCAGCUGCAGGCCCUGCGUCCUGGGCCAGGAGAGCUUCGCCUCGGGGAGACACUACUGGGAGGUGGAGGUGGAGAACGUGAUGGUGUGGGCCGUGGGGGUGUGCAGAGACAGUGUCGAGAGGAAAGGGGAGGCUCUGCUGCUUCCUCAGAACGGCUUCUGGACCCUGGAGAUGUUUGGAAACCAGUACCGGGCCCUGGGCUCCCCUGACAAGACCCUCCCCCUGAGAGAGCGCCUGCACCGCGUGGCCGUCUUUCUGGACUGUGAAGCUGGCGAUGUCUCCUUCUACAACAUGAGGGACAGAUCACACAUCUACACGUGCCCCCCGGCAGCCUUCGGCGGGCCCCUGAGGCCCUUCUUCCGGCUGGGGUCUGACGACAGCCCCCUCUUCAUCUGCCCAGCCUUCACAGGUGCUCACGGCCUCGCAGUGCCCGAGGGUGGCCUAAUCCUGCACAGGGCAGGGACCCACCAGCCCCCACAGCACCAAUUCCCUGGUCUCUGCGCCAUGUAAAGAAGCCCCGCCAUUGGUCCAGCGCCCCUGGCCGAGAGCAGUCUCUCUUUCCUUCUUCACAGGACAAUCUUUUUCCACCCUCCUCAUAUCCACGGCCGCCCCUGCCCCAGUUCUGCCCCUCACAAGGCUGUGGAUUUACCAGCUCAUUCACUUGUAACCAAGGGCAAGUCUUAUGGAACACACUUCACAGCCAAGAAUUCGGGAAAGUUGAGAAUGGGAUGGUCAGAAAAUCUGCCACUUUAACAUCAGGGCGGUACUGUUGAGCCACCAUGACAGUGGAUGCUGAAGACUUAAGGCAAAGGCCACUGGAUGCAGCAGGAUUAAGACUAGGAAGGGGACAGGGGAGGGGACCACACAUGGAAGCCAGAGACAGAGAAAGUGGGACCGGAGGGCUGAGGUUUGGGAGAGAGUGUGGGAGGCGACAGAGGUGGUUAAGCCCUGCUGCAACAGCUGUGGAUCCUUAGAGCUGAUGGCGCAUUAACACACAACCCCCAAGUCACCCAGCCUGCAUAUCCUAGGCCCAGACCUAGGAUGAAGAAGAAUAAAAACAAAGAGGCAUCUGAGUCUGGCCUGGCUCCUGUCCCUGUAAUGAACAGGAGUCGAGACUCAGUUCUUGAGCGUAGCUUGCAGCCUAGGUCCCAGCUGCGCUGGCGAGUGCCCGGACUAAUCUGCCCAAAGCUCGGUGGGUGAGCUUCUUGGUCUCAGGAUGCCUGCAGACACUCACAAAAGCGAUGAGGGGGCAGACAUUUGGCACCGCAGUUGAGAUGCCGCUUGGAUCACCUGCUCAAAUACUUGAGUCCUUGGCAUCCACGUGGGAGACCCAGACUGAAUACCAAACU